ACGACGACAUAGUUUCCCUCUCUCUUCUCUAACAAUACUCCUCCUCUUUGCUCUCUUCCUCAAGUCUCUCACAAGUGACAACCCCCAUUUCUCCAGCCGCCUCACUCGGUUCUCUUUUUCGCUUCUGGGCGAAAUCCCUCCUUCCCAAUUCGCAAGAUCGCAACUUUUGGCAUUAAGCUUUCCUGGGUCAGCUUCAGAUUCGGCCAAUCUUCAGGUACUUCGAAGCUUUAAUUAGCUUAUUACUUCCCAAAAGAAGCUCUUUGGAGAAAAUUCUCUUAUAGGGCCUUCAAUACUGUUAUAAUUCGGCUUUCAAAUUCUGAACUCUUUGGCUGUAGGUCUAGUUUAGCUACUCCGAUCCCUCAAUUUUGCUGCAUUUGUGUAAUUUAGGACUUGGUGGCUUCGCAUUUGGGGGAAAUUUCUGAACAAUACUCUGGUAGAUUGUUCUUAGCUCUUACAGUGGCGAGCAAAGCAUCUGAUUUUCGACUUCUGUGAUUCAUUUGCAUGUGAUGGGAGGGCAAUGUAGUAAGGGCAGCAAAACUAAUGAAGACCCCUCGCCAUCAUCAAGCAAGGGCAGCAAAAAUAUGGAAGACCCCUCACCAUCAUCAAGUAAGGGCAGCCAAGCUAUUGAACCCUCACCUUCGAACUCCACCACGAACCCUAAUCACCACAUGUCAGCAGCAUUGACCUCUUACGAAGACGCCUGCAAAACCGAUCCAGAACUGCAGGCAUUCGAUGCAACCCUCCACGAGAAAACCAAUCGAGUCAUCAACAGCCUUGCCACAACCGUCGAGGUCAGAUCCUUGUCCUUUGAUUCUCUCAAAGAGGUCACCAGCUGCCUUCUCGACAUGAACCAGGAGGUAGUCAAAGUCAUACUCGACUGCAAGCGAGACGUGUGGAAAGAUGAUGACUUGUUCGAAUUGGUAGAGGAGUACUUCGAUAACAGCAUCAAGACCAUAGACUUCUGUGUCGUCCUCGAGAACUGCCUUAAGCAAGCUCGUAAUAGCCAGUUUCUUGUCCAAGUUGCUGUCAAACAGUUCGAGGAAGAAUGUCCUUUGCAAGUAGGGUUUGCAAAGACAUUGCACGAGCUCCGGAUGUUUAAAGAUGCAGAGAAUCCAUUCACUGAGGAGUUCUUCAAUCUGUUUCAGCUGAUUUACAGGCAGCAGAUUUCAAUGCUCGAAAAGCUGCAACGUAGGAAGACAAAGCUCGAUAAGAAGAUCAAGACGAUGAAGAAAUGGAGGAUGGUAACGAAUGUACUGUUCGUCUCCGCAUUUGUCUCGGUGCUUGUUUUCUCGGUGGUGGCAGCUGCUAUCGCUGCACCGCCAGUCAUCACAGCAUUAGCUGGGGCGUUGACUGUUCCGAUUGGUUCGAUUGGGAAGUGGUGCAAUAAUCUGUGGAACAAGUAUAUGCAGGCAUUGAAAGGGCAGAAGGAGUUGGUUAGUAUAAUGCAGGUGGGGACUUUCAUAACGAUUAAGGAUAUGGAUACUAUAAGGGUGCUUGUGGGGAAAUUGGAAGUUGAAAUAGAGGGUUUGGCACAGAACGCCGAGUUUGCUCUGCAGGAUGAAGGAGAAGUUGCUGUGAAGCUUGUGAUUGAUGAGAUUAAGAAGAAGCUGGAUAUGUUUAAUGAGACCAUUGAUGCUUUAGCGGAGCACACGCGAAAGUGUAGCCGGGAUAUUAGCCAGGCAAGGACUGUUAUCUUGCAGAGGAUUAUCAGGUAUCCAGGACAAUGAUGAUCUUUGCUGAAACAUUCUUUCUUUCAAGUGAUAGACGUGCCAUUAACUUGCAACCUAAAUCAUCUAUUUACCAUAUAGAGAGAUAUCUAUUGUUGUUCUUAGUGAUACAUCUCCUCUAAUGCAGGAGGCUUUCUUUUCAUGAAAAGAAGCUGUUGGGUUCUUUCUUUAUUGUAGCCUACCCUUUUAACAUGAGUUGUAUUGAAGAGACGUAUGAUAUUGUGAUUUUGAUUGAGCAGUGUGAUUGUUGAAGUUCAAUAUAAUGCAGUUACCUAU